AUGCUGCGUGGCUCGCCGGCCCAGCCGCGCAAGUGGCGGAAGCGGCUGCUGCUGUAUGCUGCUGUGCUCGCGCUGCUGUCGCUGUACUGGCCGCAGGCGCAGAUAGCGCUGCGGCUCAACAGAAACACGGCAGAAACCCAACGGUCCGCAACAGCUGCCCGGUCCUCAAACCGCAGUGGCGGCUACGAGAUGAUCGGGGGGGCCGAGGUGGUGUGGCAGCGGCCGACCAAGGAGCUUGAGGGCGUCCUCUUUGUCGCCCACGGCUGCAACCACGCCGCCACCGACUGGCUGCCCAAGUCGGACGCGUGCCCCCGCUGCACCGGGCUGCCCGAGGAGACCAACAUCACGCGCACGGCGCUGCGGCGCGGGAUCGCGGUCGUGGCGGUGAAGGCUGCCCUAGGGAAGCUGCUCGAGCGCGAGGGCCUGGACGGCCUGCCGCUCUACGCGCUCGGCGCCAGCAGCGGCGGCGCGUUUGCGCUCGCGCUGGCGUCGGAGGUCGAGCUUGACGGCGUCUGCAGCCAAGUCAUGGCGCACCCCGCGAUGGAGCACCUGGCACGCGCCGCCAUCGACGCGUUCGGGCGCUACCCGCCCACCGCCUUUGUGCUGAUGCCGCGCGACGAGCGCACGGCCGGCGCCGUCCAGGCCAACGCCGCGGCCCUCAAAUCCAAGGUACGGUGGCUAAAGGCCCAGCCAGGACGCGUGUGCUCGGCGCAGGCGCACCCGCGGCCGCGGCGGGCGGCCCGCCUGUUCUGGCCGUGCCCGUGA